AUGGCAAUCGGGAGCGACGGCGACGGCGGCGGUUGGUUGUUUGCUGCGCCUAGCAACAGGGAGCUUAAUGAAGUGCUACCCACGAGGCGUCCAUCGGUGGAGUGGAGGCAAGUGCGGUGCGCAACCAAGCCUCAGAGCACAACAACAGAAUCACCUUCAACUUCAGUAUACAGUAGAAAGUCUGGGGCAGUCUCUACCGGUAGCUUGCUUAGGCACGUCAUCUAG